AUCCUCGUCGGUUUCGCCUGCGGCCAUGUCUUCCACCUGUCGCACAUCCACCAAACGUCCACGAACACCAGCAGCAGUCCCACCACCCCCUACAGCCGGUCGGCGGUGCACACGCCGCGGCCGUUCUCGCCGUCGCGCACCAUCACCCUCGAGGACAUUUCGACGGCGACGGCGAGGACGGUCGGCCCCAAGGUCACGACCGCGCGGCUGCUGCGCGACCGGGUCGGUGAGGGCUGUCGCAUCUGUACGCUCGCCAAGGAGCUGGAGGCCAUUGGGGAUGCGGACGCGUAG